AACGUAUGCCUCAAUUAGACCCCUCUCCCUGAUUUAUAACUAUGCUCUUUUCCUGAUUCAUUUUGAUCUUUAUUAUUCCUGGUAAGGUUCUAAACUACAUACUCCUUAAUAACCCCACCCUUUUAAACUUUGAAGAUAUACAAAAUGAACUUUGAUGCUGACCAUGAUAGUAAGCCUUUUUGACCAGUUUAUAUCACCAAUACUUCUUGGUGUACCAUUAAUUCUAUUAGCUUUUACCCUUCCAUGAACCCUCUUCCCUUCGUCCACACCUUUAUGAUUUAACACACGAUUGGUUAACAUUCAGUCAACUGCUUUUAUGCGGUUCACACACCAAAUUCUUCAACCCCUUAAUCAACCAGGACAUAAGUGGGCCUUAAUUUUAACCUCCUUGAUACUAUACUUAAUUACAUUAAACCUUUUGGGUAUGCUCCCUUACACCUAUACCCCAACAACACAGCUUUCCCACAACCUGGGUUUAGCUGUACCUAUUUGGUUGGCCACAGUAAUCACAGGGGUACGCAAUAGUACAACCAAUGCUCUAGCACAUCUACUCCCUCCAGCUACCCCUGUUGCUCUGAUCCCCGCUCUUGUAAUCAUUGAAACAAUUAGCCUAUUUAUUCGACCUUUAGCGUUAGGUGUACGACUAACUGCUAAUCUGACAGCAGGUCACCUUUUAAUAUAUCUCAUAGGCGCUGGAGCAUUUGCUCUCUCCUCUAUUAUACCUCCUGUAGCCGGUGUUACAUUAGCUAUUAUGCUUUUACUAACCCUUUUAGAGUUUGCCGUGGCCAUGAUUCAAGCUUAUGUUUUCGUACUUCUACUGAGCCUUUAUUUACAAGAAAAUAUCUAAUGACCCAUCAGGCACACCCUUACCAUAUAGUUGAUCCCAGCCCUUGACCACUAACAGGCGCAAUUGGCGCCCUUUUAUUAACAUCAGGCCUAGCAAUUUGAUUCCACUUCAACUCUCACGCUCUCUUAACCAUCGGAGUUGUUACCCUUUUACUAACUAUAUAUCAAUGAUGACGAGACAUUAUCCGCGAAAGUACUUUUUUAGGCCACCAUACCCCCCCUGUACAAAAAGGCUUGCGCUAUGGGAUAAUCUUGUUUAUUACUUCAGAAGUAUUCUUUUUUCUAGGUUUUUUCUGAGCUUUUUACCACUCUAGUUUGGCCCCUACCCCAGAACUGGGCGGAUGUUGACCACCUUCUGGAAUCACCACCCUCAACCCAUUUGAGGUACCCCUUCUGAACACGGCAGUCCUAUUAGCAUCCGGUGUAACAGUAACCUGGGCUCACCAUAGUAUUAUAGCUGGUGAGCGUACCCAAGCUAUUCAAUCCCUCACUUUAACAAUUCUAUUGGGGUUUUACUUCACCUUUCUUCAAGCUAUGGAGUACUAUGAAGCCCCUUUUACAAUUGCUGACGGUGUUUACGGGUCUACUUUUUUUGUAGCCACAGGCUUCCACGGUCUUCACGUAAUUAUCGGAUCCACAUUCCUAGCAGUCUGCCUUAUACGACAAAUCCAAUACCACUUCACAUCUCAACACCACUUUGGAUUUGAAGCUGCUGCCUGGUACUGACACUUCGUAGAUGUAGUUUGAUUAUUCCUCUAUAUCUCAAUCUACUGAUGAGGGUCCUAA